AUGGCAACUGACACUUGUUAUACUAUCAUUCACCAGGAUGACAGUUCAGAUCAACCUUCCUUGCAGGAGCUCAAAACGGCUCUCGAAAAGGGUUCUGAGGAGGCCAAAAUUGAGACCAUGAAAAAAAUUUUA